AUUUUUCUCGUACAAAUCUUGAUCUCUUUACUUGAAUUGAAUUGACGCCGCAAAAUAGAGGGAAAGACGUAGUAUGGAGGAGCCAACAACCUAUGAGGGCAGGCUGGCCCUCAUAAAGGAAAACCUUCAAGAAGUCCUGAAUGAAGAAAUCAUAGAAGAUGUAAUGGUCAAGCAAAACCGAGCUCUCGAGAUCUACUGGGGCACCGCAACAACUGGGCGCCCUCACUGUGGCUACUUCGUGCCCAUCAUGAAGAUAGCCCAAUUCCUCCAAGCCGGCUGCAAAGUCAAAAUCCUUCUUGCCGAUAUCCAUGGCUUCCUUGACAAUCUCAAAGCUCCCAUCGAGCUCGUGCAAUUCCGCGCCGAAUACUACCGUUUCGUCAUCACAGAACUGCUCAAAGCCAUAAACGUGCCCAUCGAAAAACUCGUCUUCGUCCUCGGAUCUUCCUACCAACUCACUCCAAAAUACACAAUGGACCUCUUCAAGUUGUCGUCUGUCGUUACUGAGCACGAUGCGAAAAAGGCCGGCGCCGAGGUCGUAAAGCAGGUCGAUAACGCAACUCUGAGUGGGCUGAUUUAUCCGCUGAUGCAGGCCCUGGACGAGGAGAACCUAGGCGUUGACGCGCAGUUUGGCGGUGUAGAUCAGAGAAAGAUUUUUGCGCUGGCGAAAGAGGUGCUGCCGAAGAUUGGAUACCGGGAGCGCGCACAUUUGAUGAACCCGAUGGUACCGGGGCUGCAGGGGGGCAAGAUGAGCGCGAGUGACCCGGAUAGUAAGAUUGACUUGCUGGACAUAGCAGACGCGGUACGGAAGAAGGUCAAAAAAGCACAGGCGGCGCCGAAGGUGGUGGAAGAGAAUGGGCUGUUGAGUUUCGUCGAAUAUGUCCUGUUGCCGGCGAGUCGGCUAAAGCAUGGGAAGCCUAGAUUUGAGGUUGAGAGAAAGGAUGCGGAGACGUUGGUAUACGAGGAUAUUGUGAAGAUGAAAGAGGAUUACAGGAAUGAUGUCCUCUCCCCACAGACUCUGAAGCCCGCACUGACGAACGCUCUCCUCGCCCUCCUGGAGCCUAUUCAAGCCGCAUUCCAAGCCAGCAAAGAAUGGCAAGAGAUCGAGAAGAAGGCCUACCCUCCGCCCCCUGUCGUCGAGAAGAAGAAGAAGGUCAAGGACAAGGGUAGCAGGCACCCUGGUGCAGGUGCGGCAAAGAACGUGCAAGCGCAGCCCGAUGGCUCGGUGGAAGGCAAUCCCGAGGCCAAGGACGCUGUCAAUCUGGGCAAGGACUCAAGCGAAGCAAUAGAGAAGCUGAAGCUAGCGGAUAAAGCUGUACAACAGUAAAGAGGAAAGCUGUAUAACUGUGACUAUUAGCGUGGAAUCCAAUGAAAAAGGUAUAGAAGUCUUGUACAUGACGAAAGCAACGAAGCCAUACGUAAAAUUCGGGUAUACAUGUCUCUACAGUGCGCAGAAUGCAUCGUUUUCGAUCGUAAUGAGAGACGAAAUGAUAAGACACAUAAGGGAAAGAAACAAGUGUGAGGUUAUCAUGCGUGAUAUUUACACAACUAUGCGUCAACAACGCUAGUCGCUCGCACUGAUUCUUAAGCUCUUGACUAAGAC